CAGCAGCCCUUUCACUCUGAGCUGAGCGUUGGUCCGAGCCUGCGGCUGUGCGUCUCUCCAGCAGCAGUAGCCGUGUCACGGGAGGGAAAUGCCCGGGAUGGGCAACUCUUUACGCGCGGCUGCCCUCCUGGCUUUCGUGGUACUUUCUAUUCUGGUGUCACUCUUGAUUAGCAGCGUGCAGCAGUUUGGAGCAGGAAUAUAUCACUUUUCCAAUGCAACUGUUGCUGGUGAUGAGGAGGAAUUCGCAUCGCUCCGCGGGGCGUUGAUAUACCAACUUAACGAGAGGCGCAAAGAAAUCAUUCCGCUGCUUUUUCUUGAUGGUUAUGAAAACGGGGAAAGUUUUUACCAACGUGAUCAAAUACAAGAGUCCUAUUUGGAUUACAGUCUGUGGAAUGAGAUCAUGCAUGGCUCCAGGAAAGCGCAUAUGGAUGAAAUGGAUUGCCAGUCUCUGGUGGACAUGCAGGCGGUGGAGGUCCUCGGGUCUGGAUACACUAAACUGGUUGUCAAAGUGAAUCUUGCUGGAGGUCAGCCUGUUGCGUUAAAACUCGUCAAUGAGCAGGGGAUCGACAUGGGGAAAUGUGUGGAGGAUUUUAAAGACCCUCAAGGCUGCCGCGAACUUGUUUCUUACAAGUUGAAGAAAGAAAUAGUCCUGUUGCAGAGGCUGCAGCAUCCUAACGUCAUCAAGCUCAAAGGUCACUGUGCAGGAGAUGCUGGAGAAAGAAGAGGAGAGGGGGGAAGAGUCACAGUCAUCCUGGAGCAGGGGAAUCCUCUCCAGAUGAUCCAGCUGCUGCAGAGUCCCUGGGAGGACAGAUUCAGGGUGUGUCUGGACCUGGUUCGGCUCCUCCACUUCCUGUCCCAAUCCCCUCUGGGCUCCGUGGCCCUGCUGGACUUUCAGCCCCGGCAGUUUGUAACCGUGUCCGGGGAGCUGAAGCUCACAGACCUGGACGACGCCAGCGCCGAGGAAACCUCCUGUCAGACAGACGCAGACUGCACCCUUCAGUUUCCACACAGAAAUUUCACUCUGCCGUGUUCGGCACAGGGAGUCUGUGAGGGCUUGAAUGAGAAGAGGAACAUUUACAAUGCCUAUAGGUAUUUCUUCACCUACCUGCUGCCUCACCAGGCCCCGCCUGGCUUUACACACCUGGUAGACCACAUCAUGAACUCCACAGGGGAGCUGAAAGCUGACAUCAAUCAAACGCUUGAAGCCUUUGAACACAUCCUCCUGCUCUAUAAGUCUGGCCUGCACCUGGAUAACCUGCCUCCAUCAAUAAUCAGAGAUUACACCGUGAUGCGAGGUAUGGGGACCUCAGGAGACACGGAGUACCGCUGCUGGCCAUCCUACAGCCAGCAGGGCUGUGUGCUGUCCGUCCACAGCGCCAGAGAGGCAGCGUACAUCUGCAACUCCCACUCUCAGUGCAACAGCUUCACUCUGACUGGGCAGAAGACAUGGACAGGUCGCCUCCUGGCCUCUUUCAGGAGCAGCUUCAGUCAUCUGGUGCCUGAUGGGACAUCAGAGGUGUAUGUGAAGCAAACCAAAGGUCCUGAAACCUCCACAGUGUGACGCAAGGAACAAACAGAACGAUCCUGUUUCAUUGCAGCCACAGAGUGGGAUGAGUAAUAACUAGCGAAACAUUGCGCUUAAGAUGAGAACUGUGUUCUUCCUUGUGAACAUGUUGAACGCUGCUCGGUUCUGUGGGUUAAAGGAGGAGCGUAUAGAGGCCGGGCUGAAGAGGCGUUUGAAGUGAGGCAAGUGAAUGUGAUGUAUUUAUAGGGCUUCUGCUCAGUGACUGUUUGAUCUGCCUGCCAGCUCACUGCCUCUGCCAACUAUUUAAAGGGAUUUCCCUUCAGGUACAAUUAAGGAGGGAGAGCCCUGUGCACUCGACAUGUUUUUUUUUUCCUACCUAUAUUUGCCAUGUGUGUUGGCUUUCGUUGUGAGGCCGGGUCCCCAUAGUAGGAUUUUUAAGCCAAAGAGGUAAUAAGAACAGCGGCUGCAGCUCAGCGUUUGAAGCCCGAGGACGAGAAAAGAAAACAAGCUCUUAUACAAAUACACUUUGAUGUUAAUGCGCUGAGGUUGCGGCUGUUUUUUCAUGGUUCCCUGGCUUGGCUGCGCUGUGGUAUGAGAUGGCAACAACCAUGUAAGCAUUUCCACAUCAACAAUGAGCAAAGAUGAUUAAAACCAUUCCAGAUCAGUCUGUUUUUUUACAUACUUUUUUAAACCUAGUUUAUAUUGCUUAGUUCAUAAAUAUUUAUGUGAUCGAAUUAAAUGUAAUUGUUCUUACAUGAUUGUGCAUUAUAGCUUAUGUGCACCUUGUGGGUGAAACUUUUAUUUUCAAUGAAAAAUUAUUCACUUUUUUUUAUACUUCACUUAUUGUAAUGUACAGUUUUACAAUUUUGUAAUUAUAUAAAUGUUUUGUUUCUA